AUGGCUUCUGCAGCAGCCCUGAUCUUGGCUGCCUAUAAAAGCAAUGUCACCACGAUCUUCUUUUUAGGGUUCUAUAAUAAAAGCACAUUUCAUUUACUGCUGUUCACAUUGCUUCUUCAGAUAUACAUUGUGACAAUAUGCGGAAACCUCCUGAUCAUCACGCUGGUGACCUACAGCAAGAUCCUCCAUUCUCCCAUGUACUUCUUCCUCACCCAGCUCUCUGUGACUGAUUUAAUGUUGACCACAGAUAUUACCCCUAAAAUGCUAAAUAUUAUACUACAUGAACAAGCUUCCAUAUCUCUUUCUGGCUGCAUUACACAGUAUUAUUUUUUUGCUUUAUCAGGAACAUCUGAAUGUUUUCUUCUGACGGUGAUGUCCUAUGACCGUUAUCUAGCCAUUUGUUCUCCUCUGCAUUACGUAUCUAUUAUGAACCAAUCGCUUUGCAUUAGAUUGGUUUUGAUAUCUUGGCUAUUGAGUUGCUCUGUUGCAUUAAUUUUAACACUUGCCCUAAGCCAACUACAAUUCUGUGGGCCAAAUACCAUUGAUGGUUUUUUCUGUGAUUUUAAUCCAUUGAUGGAACUUUCUUGUUCCGAUGUCUCUGUAGUUCAGUUAGAAGCUACCGUGUUGUCCAUCCCCGUGUUAGUUUUGCCAUUCCUUGUUAUAGUCAUUUCUUAUAUGUUUAUCAUUGUAACCAUAUCAAAAAUAUCAUCCUUUUCAGGAAGGCGGAAAUCUUUUUUUACGUGCAGUUCCCACCUAACGGUUGUGUCUAUGUAUUACGGGACUUUAAUUAUCAUGUAUAUUCUUCCAAAUGAAGAACACUCACAGAUAAUCACUAAGACGCUGUCUCUGUUGUACACUGUGUUAAUACCAUGUUUGAAUCCUUUUAUUUACAGCUUGAGAAAUAAAGAUAUUAAUGAAGCUUUCAGAUGCAGUAUACAUAACCAUCAAAUUUUUUUUUCGAAGGUUCAGGGGAAAAUUAUAUAA